AUGUCAAAACCGUUUGGUAGUGAUGGUGAUGAAGGUGGAGUUAGUGGUUGUGGUAGUGGUGGUGGUGGUAGUGGCAGCAUGGUGGUGGUUGUGGUGUUGGUUGUGGAGGUGGUAGUGGAUGUGGAGGUUUUGGAGGAUGAGGUGGUGGAGGUGGAGGAGGUGGUGGUUGUGGUGGUGGUGGCGGAGGAUGAGAAGGAGAAGGAUGUGGUGGUGGUGGUGGUAGUGAAUGUGGUGGUGCAAGUGGUGGAGUUGGAUGUGGAAGUGGAGGUGGUGUCAUUUUUUAAAAUGAAUGAUGGUAUUUUGGGAAUUAAAAAAAUUCAUUAA